UAAAUGCAACUGUUUCCCUCUCUAUAGAUUAAAAGAGUGCUAUAAGCGAUACCAUCUUAAAAAGAGCAGAUGUGCUAUAAACGGACCGGAGACUAAUUAUUCUCAUCAGUCAACAAGGACAGGACAAGUAUCGAUAGGCUAAAACUGCCGAAGAGAAAAAUCAAGUCAGCUUUUAGGAAUAACUUUGGGCCGGCAAACGCAAGUCAGGCCAGGGAAAUGAACGCUGUGGGGCAAAAGUCACGCGUCCCGACAGACGGAGGCACUUCCAGGCUGAACGCGCGUCUUCCCAGCGUCGUCGCUGGGAGGCUGGAAGAGGCAGUGGCCUGCAGAAGGGUCCCUGCUACCUGAGGAGUUUGGCAGCUUGCAGACAACGUGGGUGACGGCGGCUGAGGCUGGUGGCAGGGGGUGCAAUUAGGCAGGGCUGGCAGGGCCUCCGGAGACAUGCCGAGCAUCCUCCGUGCCCAGGGGAGCGAAGGCGCUGCGCUGCUCUGCAGAGGAGCCCGGGGAGGGGCGGCUGCUGAGCCCAGGGCAGGCAGCGGGAGAGCUGGGGCAGUUUUUGCUUCCCUGUCACACCAACCUGGGCAGGGGGGACAACCUCUGUACAUGGUUGUGACAGUCGUUUCCAUACUGGUGCCUCUGCAGUCGCCCACCUGCUAGAGGGGUAACAGCAGCUUGAAUCGCCAGGUUUUGUCCCAAGUUCUGCUAUUACCAAAUGUUGCUUUUUUCAGCUCUGGGAUGCGGUAACCACCCUGACACUAACGGGGUUUUGUGAAUCGCCACUGCUAGUACCAAACGUGCCCUGCACAGCAUCGGCAUCUUCAGAGAAAGCUUGGGAUGAGGACUUCUAAAGUAGCUGAGGUUGCUUGUGGUGGAACAGGCACUGGUUUGGGAAGAGGAGACAUGCUCCCCUCCCCAGGGGUGGCCGUCACCGAGACCAGGCAGCAAAAAUCUCAGCGCAGCCCCUGAGAAACGGUGCAUGGGACAAAGUCACGUUAUGUGUAAAAUGCCCCGGGACCCUUGGGGGGACGCUGCGAGGUUUGUCCUGGUUUUCUCCCUGGGGCGGGGGGCGGGGGGAUGCUUUCCGUCCGCCAGCACCGGGGAUGGAGGCUCCCUCGGCCAAACUGCGGUGUCCCCCGGCUCCGGGGGGGGGGGGGGGGGUGUCGGCCCCUCUCUCCCCCCGGCGCCGGCGUUGCGGGGGGCGGGGGGGGGGACAGACGGACGGAGGACCCCGGCGGCCGCCCCUCGCUCCGCCGCGGCCCGGGGUGGUGUGCGGGGGUGUGUGCGGAGGGGGGUGGGCGAGCAGCACGCGCCGCUGCCCGUGCGGCCCCGGUGCGGGGCUCGGGGGGGCGCCGCGCCGCUCCCCGCAGCCGUCAUCGGGGCGGGGAGGGAGCGCUCCCCCGCAGAGCCGCCGCUGCCGGGCCCGGCCAUGUGCCGAGAGGGUGUCUGCUGCCGGCUCGCCCGCUCCGCGCCCUGAGCCGGCGUCCCUCUUCUUAGCCUUAUUUUUUUAUUAUUUUUUAUUUAAAUUCUUUUUUUUUUUAAUUGUUUCUAUUUGCAUUGAUGCUCUCCGAGCUGGAGACUUCGGGAGACGCGGUCCUCACCUGAGAGAUCCAGCACAAUUCCCCCGUUUGAAGGCUGUUAAUGGAGAAGAGGGCGGAUGACAGCCGGGACUGUGGUCAUCACAGGUGGAAUAUUAGCGACUGUCAUUUUGCUUUGUAUCAUCGCUGUCCUCUGCUACUGUAGGCUCCAGUACUACUGCUGCAAGAAGGAUGAAUCCGAGGAGGACGAGGAGGAGCCCGACUUCGCCGUGCACUCCCACAUCCCGCCGCUCCACUGCAACCGCAACGUAGUGCUGACCAACGGCCCGUCCCUCUACACCUCGUCACCCUUCAGCAAGAAGCCGGCACCCAGCCGCCCCAGCUGCCCCAGCUGCACGCCGUACGAGCCCCCCACCUUCUUCCUGCAGGAGCCCCCCGAGGAGCUGCACAAUGGGGGCGACCGGGUGAGCUACAAGACGGUGAGCCAAGAAGAUCUCGCCCUGCCGGUGAGCGUGACCAACAUGCAGGCGCUCAACCCCAACCGGCUCUUGGCCAUGCGGGAAGCUUUCUCCCGCAGCCGCAGCAUAAGCACCGAUGUGUGAGGCGCUGGCUGCCCGCCCAGCCCCGAGCAUCGCAUUGCGCCUCGCCACUGCUGAUGGGGCUUUUAACAGCGGGUAGAACUUUCUGAAAUUCAUGGAAGUGAUUUGAGAAAGAAGGAAGAAAAAAAAACCAACCUGAAUGUUUUCCUAUGUUCUGUAGGCAGAGACAUGCUAAAUGGCAAUAUAAAGGGGUAGCGAAAAAAUAACCAAAAGGGGAGUGAGGGGGAGGACGGUUGCAGCUGGGACACAAGGUUUUCUAGCGUUGUGUUGCGUUUUGGUUUCUUUGGGGUUUUUUUUCCUUUUAUAAAGAGGAUUUUGAUACUGUGCAUCCUUUUAUACAGAGUAAGUACGGCCUCCUCGACAUUCGGCUGGUGCACCGAGUGAUAACAAGCAAGUAAUGGGGCACAGGGCUGGCUGCAAAAUGGCUCGUGCUGGAAGUCAGUGGGGAUCUUCUGCCAUGUCGUGGGGGCACACUGCAGCCAACUGCUCCUGGGCAUAGUGCACACACACGUGCAUACAACCCCGCGGUCCUAUAGCAAAGCAGGCCUGCUGUUGCCCACCCUUCUGCCACCCCCUCCUGCGCCGCUCCGUACUGCAGCCGUGCGCGUGUGUGCCUGAGCACAGCCCUGCCCUGUCCCCAGGCGGUCUCACUCCUCAAGCUGGCAUUUAUUCCUGGGUGACAGGCGCAGUCCCUUCAGGGCUAGGAUGGCCGUGGGUACACAGCCUGCCCCUGCCCCUGGAGCCCCUGGAGCGGCUCCGAGGCCCCCCCAGUGGAGAAGGGCUGGCAGGGUUUGCAAAAGCAUUGCAUUACCUGGCUUUGGAAAUAACACACAACAUGAUUUCGGAUGGAGAAAUAUACCCCAUAGCCCCCUUCUCUGACUAAGGAGUGUCCCUGCUCCAAAUAAUGCCAUGCACCAUUUCUAAUCGAGGGUUCGCCCUACUGGGCGAGCAAGAGCGUGACUGUGUAUCUGUCCACCCCCCUCCCCAGUGCACAUCUUAACGUGCAUUUUUCUCCCUAUCCAGGAAUGUGUCAAGACACUUUAGAUUUAGUUUAGGCAAAGCCACCUCUUUCGCAUCUUUUCCCCAUGCCAUUUCCCACGGCUGGGCAGCCUGGCUGGGACUGCGGCACCGGCUCUGCCCCAGCUCCGCCGGCCACCCUGGAUCCGGCCAGGGCUGUGCUGGCAGAGCAGCGGGCAUGGAGCCAGCCGCCGAGCGUGUGCCUCGGCACCGAACUUGCUGCAAAAAAGCCAUUUGGUUAAUUCAGUGCUUUGGGAGGAGUAAUCAUUCAUUGCAGCAGUGCCUACGUGGGGGCUCUCAUGCACUGGUUUCUCCUGGCUGUCUCGAUUCCUCCUCUCCAACCUUGCAAUACUCCCAGUUUGUCUGACAAAACACCCUCUUUCUCCUGGAUUGUGCAUUAUUCAAGGUAAAAGCAUCGCAGUGGGCUCAGGGACAGUUGGCUCAGCCACAGCGGAAGAUGGACUGGCUGCAAAGAGACUCUAAUGGCCGCAGCGUUGCGCUCUGGGUCAGCUUUCCUUUUUAAAGAUGCAAUGGGAAGAAAAAAGUCCGUUGCUUCAGCCCCAUCGGCUCCCAAACACUGUUUGCAGCCCAGCUGGCUAUUUUACUUCUAACCGUGAGGUCUUUUAAUUCUACAGGAAAUCUUUUGAAGUACAAGUCAGUCUUUGCAAAUGAGUAUCUUUGACUUUCUCGGGGGUUUCUGUUUGUGGGGGAGGGGGCUGGGUUUGGUUUUUGUACAUGUUUAAUAUUCUAGGCUUGGUCCCUGGGGCACCGUGUCCCAGGAGCCGUGUCCUGGGGGCCGGUGGCUGCACUCCUGUGUACAGUUCUCACCGGGGUUUGUUUCCAUGCAUCGAGUCCCUCCUGCCCUUCGCAUCUCUCGUGACCGUACUUCUCUUGCCAGCCCUCCUAUUUUCCAUUUUUCCUUCCCCCAUAGCUUGGAAACUAAGCAAAUGGUUGGCUUACACUAACCUUUCACCUGGUGAUCUCUUGUACAGGACUUUGGGAAUCAUGGGGGGCGGCGGGGAGGGAAACAGAGAAAAAUAAAAUAAAAAAAAAGAUAAAUAAACUACUUUGACAUGGGUUUUGAGGCUGACAUUUUUGUCCCUGCAUCUUCAAACACAGGGAGCUGUUUGCAAAGCUUUCACCUAGGUGCAGGAGGUUUCCCUGCUGCUGAGGGGAGCAAUGCAGCAGCAACUGGGGUACAUGCUAGUAUGGGGGGUGCUAAAGAGUCAUCGCCACAGAAACAUGGAGCAAUAACUGCCCUUGGAAGCAUGGAAAGGCCCUUUUCUUGCUGGCGCUGUGUCAAACCUCUUUCCUUGCAAGCUCCUGAGAAGCUUCAGGGUUGUAGUUCGUACAGCCACACACAUAACCCCAAAGGGCCACUAGCCCAGAGCAACCAUCCCAAAAUCCCCAGCUCCCCCACUGCUGGGACUUUUCCUUGCAUCACUGUCUGAGCAGCCACAAUUCCCCAACUUAGAGCUGCUCUGCUCCCCCCAGGCACCAGCAAGUUCAUUGCCGUGACUCCAGUGUUGCCAGUACAUGGGGCAAACACCCACUACAAACUGGAGAAUAAAACAAGAUACCACCAUAAAUAUGACAA